CACAAACCACUUAAUGUACCCUGAUAUACACACACACAGCUAGCAGAUAUUACAUACACGUGAAUCACUAAUUAAGCCAUGGAGAAGAAAUCAAUAGCUGGGUUGUGCUUCCUCUUCCUUGUUCUCUUUGUUGCUCAAGAAGUUGUGGUGCAAACUGAGGCAAAGACUUGCGAGAACCUGGCUGAUACAUACAGGGGUCCAUGCUUCACCACUGGCAGCUGCGAUGAUCACUGCAAGAACAAAGAGCACUUGCUCAGAGGCAGAUGCAGGGACGAUUUUCGCUGUUGGUGCACCAAAAACUGUUAAAUGGAUCCAUUCACUCCAACGUGAAGAAGAUGCAUGCAGCGCUAUUUUAUAAAAAAUAAAACUACUAUAUACUAUAUAUAAUAAGACUGGCGCUGCAUCAAUGACCUAUGUAUUAUAGUAUAUAUUAUUACCGAUGUCAGAACUAUAGAUGCAUGUACUGUGCAUAACGGCUGAGUUAUGUACUUAUGUUAAGAAUAAAAUAAAGUGCUGUUGUUGCAAAGCAUGGUCGUAUUGUAUUGUUCUUAGUACGAUCUUUUUAAUUAAUCUUCA